AGCUUAUGAUCAGAAUCUAUCUUGCUCCUAGUCGACUAAAAGUUCUUUGUUGAGGCAUGGAUGGGCAACUUGGCUGGGGAACUCUCGACAAUGGUGAGUGGAGAAAGGGGCCUUGGACUGCCCAAGAGGAUAAGCUCCUCACGGAGCAUGUCAGUCUCCAUGGUGACGGAAAAUGGAACUCAGUCUCCAAGUUAACAGGUCUGAGGAGGAAUGGGAAGAGUUGUAGGCUUAGGUGGGUGAACUACCUGAGGCCUGACCUUAAGAGAGGGAAUAUCACUCCACAGGAGGAGAUCAUCAUCCAAGAGCUGCAUGCCUUGUGGGGAAACAGGUGGUCUAACAUAGCUCGAAGCCUCCCGGGGAGGACCGACAACGAGAUCAAGAACUACUGGAGGACCCAUUUCAAGAAGAGCAAGCCCUCGAAGAACGUAGAGAAGGCGAGAGCGAGAUUCCUCAUCAGGCAGCGACAGGAGAAGCAAGGGCAGGAGGAACAACAGCACCUGCACCAGGGUGCCCAGCAGCAACAAGCGGACAUGAGAGCCGCCAUGAAACGGGCGGAGGAAGCCGCGCUAGCGGAAGACAUGGAAGAGACGACGUACAUGUAUUCCGUAUCUUGUAUGCUGCAAGGUGGCGGCUUUAGUGGCUACUCGAGCGAUGGGUCCACCGGGGAUGGCUCCUGGGGAAGCCUGUGGAAUCUUGGUGACGUACCAGAUGACCUAUGUGCAGUGACAGCACUGUAUGGAGAGCGUCGAUGAAUGCCAUGUAAGGGAUAAUGUUGUUGACGCUGCGUGCACUGCGAUGUCAACGAAUCUGAGACUUCAAAUAAUUAA